AUGCCCGCAUGGGCCGGCCGAUGCCCGCAGGCCAUCGGCGGCCCGAACACCAACGGGCGCGGCCCGAUCUUCAAAUCUACCGUGGAAAUCUCCGGUGCUGGGGGGAAGAGAAGAGAAUGGAAAAGAAUGGAGAUUAAUGGCAAAGGUGGGAUUGUUUGCAGCGGGGUGGGCUGUGCCACGGCUUGGGCUGGUCGUCAAAGGGCAUUCGGGGGAUUGAUCGGUGUGAAGGUGCCGCUUUUGCGGCAGCCGGUAAAGUCGAAGACCCGUGGAGGGUUGUGCCGGGGAGGAGGGGUGAAAGCGCAGGGCAAUGGGGACGGCCACGACUGGGCAGGGAGCAGGGAGGGCGGGCAGCUGCAGGGCAGGAUUUGGGGCUUCCCGGUGAGGAGGGCUGUGGUGUGGGCCGGCGUGGCCUUCCUCGUCUACCAGCUGAGGAAUUUCUUCAACAUUGCCAUGGGCACUUUCCUGAUCUCUGCGAUCGGCAACAGCCUUGUGGACUCUGAAGAAGCAAACAGCCUACUGGGCUUUGUUCCUCCUGGUGCCCGACGAAGAGUGCUGGUCUUAAUCUUCUUCACCUUGAUUGUGGCUCUCCUAACUCUACUGGGUGCUGUCACCAUUCCUGACAUCGUCCGGGAAGGGGCUGACUUUGUGCAGAGGCUCCAAAACGACAACAUAUGGGUUGUGGUUUUGGAGAAAAUGCGUGCUGGGUUGGGAGAUAAUAUCAUGGAACAAUUUGAGAGGCUAUUGCUCUUGGCCAGCUCUGACAAUAUCAUCGGAGCACCAGAAGCGAUCAGCAAGGCCUGGACGCCCGAUCGUGUCAACAUCCUUGCCAGCGCGAUCCAGAAACUGCUGCGGGGCUACACCGAAGCUGCUGUGCAGGCCACGUCCAUGAUCCUGUCCUUCGUGACGCGCUUUGCACUGCAGAUGUUUGUCAGCCUCAUCGCCAGUUUUUUCUUCGUUUGGGACUUCCCAUCAAUCAAGAGUGGGAUGUCGUCGCUGAAAAACUCGAGGCUGUCCGCCGCGUAUGAGGAGCUUGCACCGAACUUGCAGAUCUUUGGAACGCUCUUUGGGAAAGCCCUGCAGGCUCAGGGCCGCAUUUCCCUUUUCAACACCGCUCUGACCGCCCUUGGCCUCUGGGUGCUGCGCAUCCCGAACAUCGGCCUCCUGUCGCUCUUUGUUGCCAUAUGCGGCUUCAUUCCCGUGGCGGGCGUCUUCAUAUCGACGUCGCCCAUUGUCAUCGUAGCUUUGACGGAAUACGGCUUCGCGAAGGUUGCGGCUGUCCUGGCCGUUAUUGUGGUCAUCCACUUCAUCGAGGCAUACGGCCUGAACCCCAUGAUCUACUCCGCCCACCUCAAGUUGCACCCGCUCCUUGUCCUCGCGGUGCUGACGAUCGGCGAGCACAUGCUGGGGGUGUGGGGCCUCAUGCUGGCGGUGCCACUCACGGUGUUCGCCCUGGAUUACGUCAUACGCUACCCGGCCUAUUCCAUGCCUGAGGUGGCGGCCAAGGAGCUUGAAACCGUUCUCAUGGACUCGGGGGAGUGGCCGUGA